AUGGUUGUCAAACCUUCGAAUAGUUUGAUCAAACAACAUAAGUGGCUGAAAAAUGAGGAAUCUUCAUUGGGAGAUGCCCAAGUGGCUAUGGAUAUAGUCAAUGGCUCCAGUACUGUUAAGACUGAUAUCAGUGAAUCAUUUCUGAAUAAGGUUAACAAUACUGGUCAAAUUAUUACAGCCAGUCAAAGUACAUCUAUAAGCAAUAAAGAAGAGGAUGAAGAACCUUCCAAAGAUGGAGACUCCCAAAUUAUGCAAUUACAAGAUGUGAUACACAUUCAAGGCAAUAUGAUAAAGAUUUUAAACAAGAAAUGUCAAUUAACAGGUAAUAGGUGUGAUAUUUUGAGUUCUACGAAAUUAUCGCAGAUAGAAAAAGAUCAACAGAUAAAUAGCAUUUUGUGUGAACUUAAUUCUGUAAGUGAAGAAUUAAGGUUAAUGGAAGUAACUUUACUCAAGAUAUCGAAAUCGUGCAUAUCGGAAGACUUAAAUGAAGGAGCCAGCCUCCCCAAUUUGAAAAACCAAAUUCAUAAUGAACCAAAUAACACAAAUAACCAAGAACGUAUAGAUUAUAAUAAUUUAUUAGACAAAACUAAUGAUAUUCCUUCAAUUGAUCUAACAUCUUUUGAUGACCAAAAAUCAAAACAUAACGUACUGCCAAAUGUAUUAGAGAAAGAAAUAAUCUCAAAUAGGGAAGAAAUUGAAUAUAAUGAAGAAAUAAACUUAAUUGAUCAUAACUCUGACGAAUUCAAAGAAAUACCGACAACUAUUGAAAGACGUUUAAGGGAAAAGAAACAGAUCAACUAUAAAAUUCCUGAAAAAGAUGACCAUUUCGAAUAUGGCAUGGGUGCAAGACCAAAUCCAAAUUAUGAUGAAUCGGUGGAGAUAACAAUGGAUGCUGAGUUUGAUGAUAAUUCUAGUUAUUUAAAUACCAGGGAUUAUGGUAGUGAUGGCAAUAUGAAUCAAAGCGAUAUUGAUUUUGUAGUGAGUGAUACAUUUCAACAAACACAGGACGCAGAUUAUUAUGGCAGCGAUGAGGAAGUAGUAGAUGCAUCUGAUGCAGAUGUAGGUGAAUCUAUUAUAUUUAGUCAUCACAAAUCUAUGGAAAUGCAAGUAAUUCUGUCAUCGCCAAUAAAAGAAGAUCGGAUUGAAACAAAGGAAUCACAACAAAUAAAAAAUUUAGCACCCACGAAUUAUGAUACAAUUGAAAACGAUCCAAUUAUAGAGGAUACUAAUAAGUCAACUCUCUUCUAUAGCACAAUGACCCAACUUUCUGAUGUUGAGGUUGUUAAUAGUGAUGAUAACUCCAAAUCUACUAAAAAUUAUGAAGUAGAACUUGAUGAAAACCUACUAUCUGAUGAUUCUGAUUUUGAUUUAGAAAGAGAGAAUUUAACUCAACAUUCUACAAUGAAAGAUGUAGAUGAUGAGCUAAAGAUAAUCUCGGAAAAACCAAUUGAAAGUGAGGUCAUUGAAUUACAGGAAGAACCGAUAAUUCAGCAAUUUCACAUUCCUUCUCAUGCAACUGUACCUGGUAAAGCUAAAGACUAUAACUGGACAGAAGAAUUAUACUACAGAUUGCAUAAUACAUUCAGAAUACAGAGUUUUAGACAGAACCAAUUAGAAGCAAUUAAUGCAACCUUAAGCGGUCGUGAUGUUUUCGUAUUGAUGCCUACUGGUGGUGGUAAGUCGUUGUGUUACCAAUUACCAGCCAUUGUUAAAUCAGGUACAACUAGUGGUACAACUAUUGUAAUUUCCCCAUUGAUCUCUUUAAUGCAAGAUCAGGUAGAACAUUUGCUGGAUAAGAAUAUAAAGGCCUGUAUGAUUAGUUCAAAAAGUACAGCAGCACAAAGAAAAGAAACAUUUAACUUAUUUGUGAAUGGAUUAUUAGAUUUGGUUUAUAUUUCACCAGAAAUGAUCAGUGCAUCUCAGCAAUGUAAAAGGGCCAUUAAUAAGUUAUAUUCCAGCUCGAAACUUUCAAGAAUUGUUGUCGACGAAGCUCAUUGUGUCUCAAACUGGGGUCAUGAUUUUAGGCCAGAUUAUAAGUCAUUAAGUUUCUUUAAACGAGAAUAUCCAAAUAUACCUCUGGUAGCUUUGACAGCAACUGCCAGUGAACAAGUUCGAAUGGAUAUUAUUGCCAAUUUGGAAAUGCAUAACCCUCUUACAUUGAAACAAAGUUUUAAUAGAACAAACUUAAAUUAUCAAGUCAAGGCAAAAUCAAAGGAAACAAUAAAUGAAAUAUGUACCCUACUAAAAGGAAGGUUCAAAAAUCAAUCAGGAAUCAUUUACUGUCACUCAAAAAACUCCUGUGAACAAGUAGCUGAACAGAUUUCUCAGCACAAGAUCAGAUGCGCAUUUUAUCAUGCUGGGAUAGAUCCAGCUGAGAGACUACAAAUUCAGAAAGCUUGGCAAAAGAAUCAAAUACAAGUCAUAUGUGCCACAGUUGCAUUUGGAAUGGGAAUUGAUAAACCAGAUGUUAGAUAUGUAUUCCAUUAUACGGUUCCGAGAACCUUGGAAGGGUAUUAUCAGGAAACAGGGAGAGCAGGAAGGGAUGGUUUAUAUUCAUAUUGUAUUUGUUAUUUUUCUUUUAAAGAUGUUAGAACACUUCAAACAAUGAUCCAAAAGGAUAAAAACCUUGAUAGAAUAAAUAAACAAAAGCAUCUGGAAAAGCUUCAGCAAGUUGCCUCAUACUGUGAUAAUGUCACAGAUUGUAGAAGACAUCAAAUCUUAAAAUAUUUCAAUGAAGAUUUUGAUCCGUCUCUCUGUGAAAAGAAUUGUGACAAUUGUAAGAAUUCAGGUUCAACAUAUAUGGAGGAAAGGGAGAUUACUGAAGAGGCAAUUGCAAUUGUCAAGCUAGUUAAAUAUUUGAAAAAUGAUAAGGUUACAAGAUUAUAUUGCCAAGAUAUUUUUAAAGGAUCUAGAAAUGCAAAAAUUGUUCAACUUGGCCAUGAUAGAUUGGAAACACAUGGAUUAGGUAAGGCAUUCUCAAAAUCUGAUUUAGAGAGGAUAUUUUCACAGUUGAUCACUUUAAGAAUAUUACAAGAGUAUGCUGUAGUGAAUGGGUCUGGAUUUUCUUCUUCUUACGUCACAAUUGGAUCAAAUUCAAGAUUAGUCGAACAAGGUAAAAUGAAAGUGAAAAUGAAAUUCACAGUCCAAAAUCCUUCUUCCAAUCCUUCUUCCAAUCCUUCUUCAAGAGACAAAAGUAUAACAAAUUUUAGUAGCAUGAUUUCUGAAAGAAGUAAUAAAACCUCUUCAUUUACAUCGACUAAUUUAAGUCCAAACAAUUCAAAUGUAGGUGUCAACUAUCCCAUUGUACUCCAAGAUAAUUCCAGCUUACAGUCUACUCAAGAAUUAAGCCAUAUAACUGUAUCUUAUGAGUCAUUAAGAGCUGUAUCUAUGUCACUAGGAAAUAGAAUGAACCCGCCGAUAACGAACUACCUUCCUGAUGUUCUAAUUAAAAAAAUAGCGAUGGCCUUGCCAGAAACAGAGGAUGAAUUUAUAAGUAUUGUGGGAAAUUUCAGUAACCACACUAGAAAGUAUAAAUAUUUUAAAGAUACCAUGACAAAUCUAAGAUUGCAAAGAAAUCAAAUCAAAAAAGAUAAUAAGGUUUCAAAUUCAUUUCAACCAUCGGGAGAAUCUUAUCCAAUUAAUGACCAGAAUUCGGUCGAUGAAACCCAAUUUAAACCUUCUUCAAGAGAACAUAAAAAUAAUUUAGAGAUUAUCCAAAAAAUCAGAGAUAGUCAGAAGGUUAAAAAUAUAUUUGAUGGGGAUGUAAUUAAACAGAAGAAAUCAUCACAGAAACGUGCAUAUAGGAAACCUAAACGUUCCUACAGAAAGAGAAAACGAUUUUAG